AUACAACAGGUCAUUGAGACUAACAUCACAAAAUCUUAUAUGCACAAUACUUAACGUGCCAAUUGUCCACGCACUGGACCCAUCUACCAUUGACCAUAAACAACACCAGAGUACUUUCAUCAAUUAGUGCUCCCUUUAACACCCAAAGUCACGGCGAACGACUCCAAGACACCACAUCAACACUCCCAUUCCUCUAUGACAGAUCGAAGAUGACGACCAACAUUCCUAACAUCCCCACAUCCCUUCCCAAGAUCCCUUCACAGACCAAGGACGCCAUCAUUGACCCCAUAUACCGCGCCCUCAUUUCAAUCGACACCGCCAGCCCUGCCCUCUUCGCCUCUGCCAUCCACGAGGCCGCCCGCUUCACCCUGAACGGUCGCCUUCUCGAGGGCGCCGACGCUAUCAAGACACAUGUGUACGACACGGUGUCCAAGAUAGACACCACCCACCACCUGUCCAACCUCCGCGUCACCGAGUUCGAUGAGGUAAAAGGGACAGCUAGCUUGGUCGCUACCGUUCUGGCGCAGCACUAUCGAUCGGGAGAGGGACUCAAUGCCUCUUCCAAGGGAUUGUUGGCGGGGGGGCUCUACUUUGUCGAUGUGAUCAGAGAGGAGGGAGAUGACGAGGUGUGGAGGGUCAAGGAAUGGAGCUUAGAGGUUCUCUGGAGGGAAGGCGAUGAGGGGGUAAUGGCAAGUGUCAACGGAGACGGUGAAAGGAAGGUAGAGUAGAAAGGGAGGUUUCAGAUGGGGUCAGAUGAAGACGACUAUAAGUCUAUAUUCUUGCUGGAUGAUGGGUGGGUGUCGUGGCGGGAACACACGAUGGCUUAUGAGGGCAAUCUCCAGUCCAUAACAGCGAUCACCAAUAGAUGUUUAACAUGACGAAACGCUGAAUGAGAGUGAGCAGUAAGCUGUUGCCCGCAGCAUAGACACCUUAGACAAAUACCCGCUACCACCCAUCCACCUAGUGCAGCUAAGAUGAACAACAAUCAUUGAGAUCAUGGCUGUAUUGC